CUUUCAAUUCGUUUGCUAAAGGCUCAGUGUCGAGUUUUCUGUGUUUUUUUUUGGGACAGUAGGUGGCCGUGUAAAUAAUAACGGGAAGUUGUGUUGAAUUUGGAAAAACAAAAACAUCAAAAAUAAACUCCGCAAACAAGAAGAAUGUUUUUCUCCAACGGCGAUUUUCGCUAUCACUGGCCGCAGUUUGGCUCUGCUGUGCUCCCAACUGGUGGCAGCCUUGGCUGGGUCACCGACCUGCCAGUUUUCCCUCCCCUGGCCAUUGUUGUUGGAGGAGGCGGCUUGCUGGCAAUCCUUGUACUAUGGUUGGCGUUCACGCACUUUGGCACCAGCAGAAGUCGGAAAAACGGGCCAUCCGACGUUCGUUUGAUGUCCUCAACAGCGUCAGUUUUCUGUCACACGACGAUCAUCGCAGACGAUGCAGCGGAGAAGCGGAAGCCGCAACCACUACGACUUGAUGAAACUACUCGCGCGGACCGACCGGCUGCGACGUUGCAGCGGAACCUGAAUCGGUCGGUUACGACUGGACGAUCCCCAAAUGCUGCUCGAAGCUGGAAGGCCAUUCGCGAUUUUUUCACUCGCACCUCGUCCCCAAAUCACGCGUCACAUGGUACAAAAACGAACAACUUCUGUGAAAUGAGCGAUGAUCUGCGAUAUGAUGGCAAAAACUGGAAACCAUGCGAUUUCACGUUUGGGUUUCCUCACGGCUGUCCGUCUUUCUGCAGCACUUUUCUGUCAACUGUUUUACUGCUGGUUCUGGUCGUGA